GUGCGCGUGUCUGUGCGUGUUCGCUGGGCGUCGUGAACGCGCCUCGCGCUCUUCCUGUCAUUCAGUGGAUGAGCGCGCGCGGAGCAGCAGCUUCAGGUCUGUGUUCUGUGAUACUUUGUGCUUUAACGUCACGUCUUACACGCGCGGUUCGACUCAACUGUGAAAGAAUUCGUGUUUAAUAUGAGAAUGCAAAACGGAGGAUGUUACGUUUUACUAAAAGCUGAUUCUUUUCCGCACAAAAACUUUCUGCUUCUGCUUUUUUUAAUUUAUUCUUUAUUCUACGGUUCAAAACGCAGAAUUAUUUGGUGUUGUAUUUUAUGUUUAAAGUAUAUUUUCAGCUUGUCGCGCUGCUGCUGAGAUCUCUUCUCAUUUCUCACUAAUCACAGCGUCGCGCCCUCUAUUGUGGUUCCCAAAGGGUGGUCCGGUGACCCCAGGGGGUCCCCGAGAGAACCUCAGGAAGUCAUACGUCAUUCUCAUUGUUAUAACUAUUAUAUUCUGCAAGCUGUUAUGAAGGUCGCUAAUGUGCCUGAAUCGAGUCAUAACUGGUUAAAUAUCCAAAGUAAUUGGACAAUGUUCAGACGUAAUUACCUUUUAUUACUGUAAUUACCCCAGAAUUAUUUCAUUUUCUUUAUAGAAUUUGAACAAUUACUAUCACAACAGAUGCACAUAGCAGCUGCAGAUAAUGAAUAUUCUCAUUUGUGAAUCUGCCGUCUAUUUUCUUUAGAUGAGGUACUUCUACUUCUUUUAAUGCAACAUUUUACUUCUGUAUCUGAAAGCUUUAUUGAUUGAAGAUAUAUUUUUGAAGUAAUCAUUUGCCUGCACGACUAGUAACCUGAUCUAAGCUCAAUCGUAACUUGUUUGGAAUCUACUUCUACUGAAGCGAAAUUACUUCUUCUACUACUACUUCAGUGCUUCAGGGGCCGUGAUCAGUGGCGAUCCUUCACACAUCGCACUUUGUUAGAAAAGCUUCUAAAUGAACUCCUUCAGUCGUCCGAGACGAGACGAAACAUUCCUCGACCCGCGGACAGAUCUAACAAGUAGACUCCACGGACUCUGUAACCUAGCAACGCCGUCGGCAGGACCGCACAUCUUUAACAUUGAAAUCAUGUUUCUGUGUGUCGAAAGUAGAAGCACCGUCCUGUGUUUUUUCUUCCCCCGUCGUUAAAACUGUUCAGACCCGGACCAUCAUGGCGACCUGAUCCGUCAAGAUGGCCGACCCGAACAACCGCAGCGCCGUGCCGCCGGACUACUUCCUGGCCGGCGACUUCCCGGACUACGGGGUCCCCCCGGACGAGGCCCCGGACACCACGCGAGGCCGGGCCUUCUUCGCCGCCACCAUCGUCAUCGCCGCGGUCCUGGUGGGCAUCAUGGUGGUCUGCGGCGUGGGGAACUGCCUGUUCAUCGCCAGCCUGGCUCGCUACAAGCAGCUGCGCAACCUGACCAACCUGCUGAUCGCCAACCUGGCGGUGUCGGACACGCUGGUGGCGGCGGUGUGCUGCCCCUUCCUGCUGGACUACUACGUGGUCAAGCAGCUGUCGUGGGACCACGGCCUGCUGCUCUGCGCCGCCACCAACUACCUGCGCACCGUCUCCCUCUACGUGUCCACCAACGCGCUGCUCGCCAUCGCCGUGGACAGGUACAUGGCCAUCCUGCACCCACUGAGGCCUCGCAUGAAGAUCCAGACGGCGUUCUGCGUGAUCCUGACGGUCUGGAUGGUGCCCGUCUUCGUCUCCAUCCCCUCGGCCUACAUGGCCUCCGAGAUGACCUACCCGCACGCCGAGGGCCGCCCGCACAAGACCUUCUGCGCCCAGAUCUGGCCGGUGGACCGGCAGGCCUUCUACCGCUCCUACUUCCUCCUGGUCUUCGCCCUGGAGUUCGUGGGCCCGGUGACCGCCAUGUCCGUCUGCUACGUGCAGAUCUCCAGGGAGCUGUGGUUCAAGGGCGUGCCGGGCUUCAGGACGGAUCAGAUCCGCAAGAGGCUGCGCAGCCGCCGCAGGACGGUGGUGGUGCUGAUUCUGGUGCUGGUGGCCUACGUCCUGUGCUGGGCGCCGUACUACGGCUUCGCCCUGCUGCGGGACUUCUACCCCGCGCUCAUAUCAAGGGGCAGGAACUCCCUGGUGGUCUUCUACGUCAUCGAGUGCAUCGCCAUGAGCAACGGGGUCAUCAACACCCUGUGCUUCAUGAGCGUCCGGCACAACCACAGGCGGCUGAAGCGCGCGGGCCGGUUCCAGCUGAGGCUGGUGACGUUCGUCGCCACCAAGUCGCUGGAGGAGGGCGAGGCCCGGACCUGCUCCCUCCGGGUGACGGAGGAGCCGGACGGGGCCCGGCCGAAGUAGGAGGCCAAACACCGGGUGCUCGGCCCUUGUUGAAGCCGAACCGAUGGGGAGAGCCGAGACCCAGCGAUGAGUCAGCACCUUAAAACGUUUACGGGCUCCUUCGCCUCCACGUCUGCGGGCCUUAAAAGAAGCUUUAUAGCUCACGAGCUCGCAAUGUUUAGUUCUUAUUGUCACAUAAAAUACCUGCUGGCUGAAGGCUAAAUUAAACCAAACGCCCCCCCUCCAUCCUGUAGCUUAAUGGUUGUGACAAGACAUCAUGUGACCUUGUGUAUAGUGAAGACUCUCUUGCUGAACAAAGAGCUUAUUUCCUUCAUUUUUCACCAAAAUCCAGCGAGAAAACCCAGCAUGAUGCUAACUCGUUAGGCAGGUCGUGUCCGCUGCCCUCUAUUGGGCGUAGCGGGCGUAGCUCGUAGGAAGGAGGAGAAGGGAACAAUGGGGCCUCGUGCGCGUAGUUCUGCUCGAAUCCGUUGGUGUAAAAUCUUUGACCCGGACGUUGGUUCCGGCUCGGUGAGGACGUUCUCAUCCUGGUGAAAAGAGAGCGGUUCCGCGCCCCCCAAACGUCGUAAAUGGCUCGGAUGCACUUUGCAAAGUGCAAAAAAGACAGUUGAGUGAAGCGGAGCAUCGAUACAAAAUUGAGACAAACACUCUCUGGGCCAAUCACGGGGCAGCGCGACAACGACUCUGACGACGCGCCUUUCUUCUGGGAACGGGCCCGUUGCCAUGACGACUCCGUGUGAAGCCACGCUCCCCUUGUUUUAUUUGCACAAUAACCACGAUUAGUGAUGUUUGAUGAGAAAACGUGCGUCUGGUGGUGAGCGGAUCCGUCUCAUUUAAAGACCGUGACACAGCGGCUCUCACAGCGCGUCUCAAGACCACGACUCAAAACUCCAUCAGGGAAGUCAAGUGUGGAGGAAAUCGAUUUCACAGAGGGACUCCAUUUCAGAGCGAGCCACAAGGAGAGCCGUUCAGUAUUCUUCACUUUGAAAAUGUGAAAAUGUUCCAAUACAAAGAAAAGUCCUGCAUUCAAAACAGUAUUUAUGUACUUAAGGCAUUAAAGGAAAAUGUCCUCAUUGUGCUGUAGCAUGUUCCCUGUCAGCGUUUUACUAUUAAUGAUAUUUCGAUUAAUAUUACUGCAUUCAUGUUUAUUUUCCAUUUGACUUCUACAUUUAACUCUUCUUUAGCUCUGAUUAUGACGACAUUACUUCAUUGUAUCGUCUGACAGCUGUUUCAUGCUAUUUUAAUAUCUGAAGAGAACCUAGAAGUGACAUUCUGGGGUACUUUUCUAUUAUAGUGCAUCAAUGAUCAUAAUCCAGUGCUGGAUUUGCUAGUUUUACUCUUUGACCGAUGAGAGAGAAAAGUGCAGAAAACUCGCUCUUAUUUAUGUGGUUUCAGGACUCAUGUGAGAAACAUUGAAAGCGUAAAUCUGUUUUUCUCUCGUAUUAAUCUCAAUUAAAGUCCCUUUAAUUCUAUUUGCUUGAUUUGCACGCUCAGUCGACCAUGAAUUCCAGCGCGAUGUCAGACGUGUGUCUAACUAAACCAACUUUAGGUGUAAUUAACAAACACCUGAAGGGAAAUAACAUGUUUGUGUUUACUGUUUACUGGUGGUGCUGCACAGUGUGUGUUGUGUUAUUGUGAUGUCGACGUUUAGAAUAAAGACAUAAACACAAAAACAAAGCUUUUUCAACCAAGAUUGUGUUUUUUUAGAAAAUGUAAUUUAAUUUAAUGUAACAUGUAAUUUUUUUAAAUGGUGUAUUUUAUGUUAAAUGUGUUCAAAAUAUCAUUUAAACAAAAAAUGAUUAUUUAUAUUUAUUUUUAAUCAGCAACCGAUGUGUUGCAUCGCAUCAAAGCUGAGUUCACUUCAAUAAAAGUAAUAUUCAAUGUUAUUGUGUAUUUUUCUUGUAUUGUUGCAACAGACUAAUGAGCAAACGUUAGCAUGUUGACAUGCUAAUCUAAGAUUAUGAACAUAAGCCACGUUAUAUAAUAAUAGAUCAAAUAAAACGACUACUGUUGCGGUUUAACAUUUUGUGGAAGUCAAAAUAUACGAGUGUAAAGUGUUUUUUUUAAAUAAUAACGCCAGAGAAUCAAAACUCAGGAAAGACUUCAUCAAAUGUAAAAAAAUGUAUUAAAACAAAGUGAGAAAAAUACUCCAACAAAGAGUAAUAAUUAUAAGACCUCUAAAAACUAAAUUUCACAUCGCUACACGAGGAGAAACCACCA